CUUUUUAUAACUUUUUUUGGCAGCUUCCUUUAUAUCUAUUUCUACCUACUCUCUUUCUACUUCCUUUAUCUCUCUUUUGUUUUCUCUAUUUUCAUUUCACUCUUUGAGUUUCUUGAAUAUUCAAUUAUUUGGGCUUAGUAUAUUUAUAUCAAAAACACAACACAACAUUUUCAUAUAGGUUAGAAUCAAUGGGAGAAGAAGCAAUUCUUGUACUUUCUCCAGUAUCUUCUAAGGAAACUCAAGAAAAUGACAACAAAAAUGAGCCAAAAGAGAAAGUUGAAGAAAAUGCUCUUGCUCUCGUUCCAUUUAUAGAGGAUAAUAAACAGAAAAUCUCUCCCUCUAAACCUCCUCCUCCUGCUCCAGAAAAGGCUGCAGAUUCUGGGAUUCAGAGAAGUACAGGGGGUUCCAAGGACAGAGAUGCUGCCCUUGUAAAAGUUGAAUCAGAGAAAAGAUUGGCUUUGAUCAAAGCAUGGGAAGACAAUGAAAAAGCAAAGGCCGAUAACAAAGCAUUUAAAAAGUUAUCUGCUGUUGGAGCUUGGGAGAACACUAAGAAGGCCACAAUAGAAUUUGAGCUGAAACAAAUUGAGGAAGAAUUAGAGAGGAAGAAGGCAGAAUAUGCAGAGAAAAUGAAGAACAAGAUGGCUGUAAUUCACAGGGAAGCAGAAGAAAAGAGGACGCUGAUCGAAGCAAAUCGAGGUCAAGAUUUUCUAAAAGUAGAGGAAACUGCUGCAAAAUUUCGUGAAACUGGAAUUCCCAAAAAGUUCUUGGGUUGCUUUGGCCGCUAAAUUCUUUUAUCAAAUAUCUCAAAAACAAUCAUAUGCAGACACUGCAUUCUGUCCCCUCCCCCCUAUCCCCACCCUAUUUGUUACCAUGACGUUUCUAGUUUUAUUUCUUUGAGUUGGUUGGGUAUAAUUGCUUAAUGACUGAUCCUUUUGUGUAUAGAGCAAGUUCUUGUUUUAUAUUUUUGAUAGAACAAUCAUGUGUUAUGAACAAAAACUCAGAAUUUUUGUUAAGUUGGUUCAAUUUUUCAUGUUC